CAACUAAAGGGGAUGGAGGCGAGGGAAAGCCGUGAAUGGAGCGUGUGGUGAGGUGAGCAGUGCGCCGGCCAGCCACGGAGAGCCCCGAGCCAGCCAAGCAAGGAGCACCACCACCACCACCGCCACCAGCACCUCGACGCGCGCCUCUCACAGUUGCCAAGUCUGGGUGGCGAGCUCUGGCGGGGGUAAAAUGAUUUUGCGGGACAAGCCACACUCACGCACACACACCCGCACGCCACGCACACGACAGCCACGCCCUGGUCGCCUCUAAACGCGUGUGCUGCAGCGAGGAGCCACGGAUGGGGUGAGAGGGGCGGGAGAGGGACGAGGAGGCGAGAGGCUGCGUUGCCGGGCCCUAGACGGAGUGGGAAGUGUCAGUUUCAGUGCCAUUCGCUGGGUGUGAGGUGAGAGGUGUGUGGCCGCCCCUCCGCCGCCGCCCUCACCUAAACCCCCUAAACCUCAUCCUACGACUCCUGCAAGGUUGAGGAUCCCCUGAUAUCCUUCGAUCCUACGCGCGGUCAGCCUCAAGUCCUUCAGGAUAACUCGGUGUAGCAUGCUGGGGCGUCCGUAGCCUGUCCCAGCUGCCAGGCAUGGAGAGUUUAUGUGAGGCGCCGCAGCUGGUGUCGUGCUCGUCGUCGGCGUGGUGGUGGCGGUGGUGGUGACGAUGAGCGCCUCAGCCCCCGCCCCCCUGGUGUUGGUGUUGGUGUCGGCUUUGCUCCUCUCCUGCAACGUCUUCUGGCUCUACUCCACCACCGGCCACUCCCACAGGGCCGCCAGCGUGUGCGUCCCCGAGGUGGAGGCGUGGGGCACCUCGGCGGCCAGCGGCGGUGUCAACGUGAGCGGGGCACCCCACCGAAGGGACUACCAGCGCGUGGUGGGCAGCGGCCAGCGCGACGUGCCUUUCCCCAUUCCCGUGCCCAACGAUACCGUCUUGUUGGGCAAUGAUCCUGACAGCGAAGAGGGUCCACUCCGCUACCUGACCAUCGGGAUCUCCUCCGUGUGGCGCAAGGAUGACUACCUGACACACACCAUCGACUCCAUCCUCAAGGAGACCACCGAGGAGGAGAAGGCGGACAUCUACAUCUUCCUCCUCCUUGCCGAUGCUGACGCCACUCUCAGGUCCCAGCGAGCCCUUGAUCUCGGCCUCCGCUACAGCCACGAGAUCCAGCGAGGCCUCCUGAGGGUCCUGCAGCCACCCUCGACCCUCUAUCCGAGCAUUGACUUCACGGCCAUCAGGAGGACCUACAACGACUCCGUGGCUAGAGUGCAGUGGAGGACCAAACAGGUGCUGGACUUUGCUUUCCUCUUCUGGUACUCCUGGACGCGCCAUCCCUCGAGCUAUUACUUGGUGCUGGAGGAUGACGUGCUCUCCGCCAAACACUUCGUCACAGCCAUCAAGGACUUCAUUGCACUCCACAAGGGACACCACUGGAUCUCCCUUCAGCUGGCCGGGUUUCUGGGCAUCGGGCAGCUGGUGCGAUGCGGGGAUCUGGAGCGCCUGGUGUCCUUCCUGCUCCUCUUCUACCGCGAGCACCCCGUGGACGUCCUCAUCAACCACUGGGUGUCCCUCAUGGCCCCGGAGAAGCCCCCCAAGGACCGCCCCACCAGGAGGGUUCCCGGGCUCUUCCAGCACAUUGGCGUCCACUCCACUUUGGCGAAUAAGACUCAAUCCCUUAAAGAUAACACAUUCAGCCUGGUGAAGCGACGGUUCUCCCACGUCAACCCCACAGCGGAUGUCGUCACUACCAUCCGCCAGUACAAGGCUUACCUGGCCGAGCAUGCCUACUCCUCCGCCCCGGGCAUGUUCUGGGGCAUCCCUCGGCCUGGUGACUCCUUCGACGUCCUCUUCGCCGAGCCUUUAAGAGUAGCGAGGGUGGUGGUGCUCACGGGGGCGGUUAUUAAUAAGAAGGUACGGGACAGACUGCUCAAUGGGUCCCUGGAAGCCUCGCCAACCUUCCUCAAGAUGGAGACUCCCAAGCGCGCCUCAUGCAAGGGCUUCACACACGUCAAGGACUUCAAGAACGGGGAAGUGGAUGCCGACCGCCUGCGCACACUCUUCCCCCAGGGCAUCCAGUGCAUCCGCGUGGCUAUAGGUCCCCGGCAGAGGUCCUGGGUGGCCAUCACUGAGGUCGCGGUCUUCACGGAGGAUGACCAGGCUGUCGUGUUCACCCCCGUCACCACCAUCCCACACAUCACCUCCAACGCCUCCACUAAACCUAAAACCAACACCAACAGCACAAAGCCAAAGAGAGAGCCCUCAACACACACCAAUGCCAUCAGGAAACACUAGCAGCAGGAGCGGGAGUGUUGAGACUUGCAGAACUAGCCGAGGAAGGUGAGUGAUGUGGAUGACUUAGAAGGAUGAGUGACUACCAUGGCACGGAACUACACAGAGAUUCUAACCCUCACCAGUGCCAUCCAGGAUCACUAACAGAAGCUUGAGAGUGUUGAGAUAUGCAGAAAAGGAGUUAAUCCACAUAGAAGGAAUAGGAGAGUGAGAUGGGUGGACUAAUACAUGCACAGUUGGUCAUAAGGAUAUAUUAAACACCCUGAAGAUUGAUAAAGUUAAGUGAGAAAUAUGAAAAGCACAAAUCUAUCCCCACAUCCGAAUGACUAACAGUUUUUAUCCAGUGUCACAAAUUAUCACGUCCUUGAGAAUCGGUGAGUGUGUACCUUUUAUAAGACUGAAGGCGCUGUAAAGUGAGAACCAUGAAGAGCUCAAAUCUAUCCCUGAAUGGCCUACAGUUUUAUUACAUGUCCCAAAUCAUUACGUCCUUGAGAAUGGAAGAGAGAGUACCCUUGAUAAGACUGAAGGUGCUAAAUGAAGGGGCAAACUAACAGGCACCACCACCUACCAACACCAUCAUGAAUACAAACAGAAAGGUGUGAUGGUUGGGGUCUGUUGGAACGAUGAGUUUAUUUAGUAUUGUCAAAUGAAAUCAGAGGUUUGUUCAGAUAUAUGAAGGGAGUGGAUAAAGAUGGUUGAGUUAUCCAUGCAACAGUGGAAUUAGAUGUUUUACAGGGAAAAGUAGUGGAUGGGUAUUAUUUGAAUGAGGAUAUGUGAAUGCCUUGAGUAUUUGUUCUUAUCUAUAAUAAAGAGGAAGGAAAUUUAGAUGUUUUGAGAGGAAAAUAGAUUAAACGGGUAACUUGUUCAGGUGAAAGAAAUGGCGUUGAAUUUUUUACCGGCCUGUUCCUUUGUGCAGAUUUUGCGUGGUCGGUGAAGCACUCUUGGUUCUGCUGAAGGAAAGACGUGCAGCCUGUUCUGUGUAGGGUAUGGUUGCUAAUUUGUACUCACCUCCGAUUAGUACUCACAAUAGGAAAGUACGGCUAUUCUGGAAAAUCGAGAUGAAGUUUGAGAAGGAAAUGCCGCUGUGAAAAUAUAGAAUGUUUAUCCGCAUUUUGAGUGGACAAUAUUCACGUCUGAGUUAAAAUUUUUCAAGGUAUUUUUUUCCUCCUUAAUGUAAGUACUAAUUAGAAUGGUAUGUACUUAUUGGCAAUCAUAUCUUACUGCCUGAAUGAUGGAAUAGUUGUUUGUUGCAAAGUAUAUGUGCAUGACAGCUCAAUUAAUGCAAGAAGUCUGAGCACUUGCAAAUUUUAGCACUGCAGAAAGUAUAUAAUGACACGUAUAGCUGAUGGUUGCUGUACAUUGAAAGUGCUACAGACAUUUUCCCUUACUUCAAGAUGUACAUACAACGCAUCAGAUAUUUGCUUUGCAGGAGAAUGGUGAACAGUGAACGCAGACACCAGUAGAAUCAAAUUUAUCCUUUCUUCGUUCAUCAGAGUUUGUAGACGAGCCAAAACCGCUGCCAUUUGACAAAGACAAUAAACGCUUGUCUUGCCUCCCACCAGCCAGGAACCCAACUAAUCAUAAUGCCAAAGAAUAAUACUUCCACUAAUACUUUAAUACUCAUCCACUUUUGUCAUUAUAACUUCAGGAGUCGUCAUUACGGACAAGCCUGAAAAUUUCUGAAUCAUUAACCAUCAUUAGGUUUUACUUCAUAUUCAUCAUUCCAAUUUGUAUUUUCAUUUGAGAUUAGUUAGGAAAAGACUCAUAGGUACUUUAUAAAUAGAACUGCUUAUAUGACUUUGUGAAGGGGAGCGAGUAUGACAUGCCGCACACAUUCGCCCCAAGUGCCGUGCCAUGCUGGCGUACGGAGGAGACUACCAUUGCUGUGACACGUGCACAUGACUUUAUUGCACAGACUACGUACCCGCUGAGGUCUGCUACACUCUGCGAUCCGUGCUAAGUAAAGUAGUACAACAACAUCACACUUCAUCAUCAGUUAGGGUUCAGUCCUGUAGAUGAGCAGCAUUUAGCCUUUUUGAGCACCUAGCCACAGGCAUGCAUUCAUUACUCUUUUCUCUUUUUACGAACACAACACACGUACUAAGCUUCGUCUCUCCGCCUCCGUUCUUGUAUUCGUCAGUUUUCAUCCUCGUUAGCUGUGUCCUAAGUCUUAAGGUCUGCCCUCUCAAUCGCUGUCUUCCCCAGAUCACUUCAUGCUGCUUGUAAUAUGACUGAAAUAAGGCUGUUGUGAGUGCUUGAGUUCCCCCUCUAACCCAUUCAUUGCUGCUGCUGGCUAUGUGAGUGUUAGGUGUAGUGUUAUUUGACAGUUCAUAGAAACCAUCUCAAUCGCUCCUCAUCUCAGGAAAAACGUGACUAAUCUUGAAAAUUAAGUCUAUAUAUGGAAAUUAAUUGAUGUCAAAUUAAAGAAAGGUUGUCAAUCAUUAGUUUGACAAUUCUAGAUCGUUUUCAUGUCUUAGAAUUAGUUCUUUACAGUAUUUCUUUUCCUGAGAUAGUAAAGAUUGAAAUUGUAUGUUGAAACGGUCAAAAAACAUUCCCUCAAAGAAAGAAAAUACGAAUUAUGACAUACAAGGCAAAAAAGAAACAACUGGUAUCCUUUGGAGAUUAAAGAAUUACACAAAGACUUCCUAACUCAAGAAUAUAUGAAUUAGCAACCAGAGGAGGAACACACAACCACGCAGACAAUGAAUCGAAGUACAAGAGGUCAAGGUUUUUUCUUUUUUGCGGAUCUCAAGUUACUCACGUGCCCUUACUAGCUACGGUGCCCUUGUUUCUUAGGCUUCAGGAAAACAUUGCAUUGUGUAGGUCUUUUGUGUGCUAUUUUAGGUCCUUUUUCGUGUUGAGAGAGUUCGUUAGUUGUGUUAUGUACUGUUUCCAUGAGGUAUUUGAUUGUCCAAACCACACUGCAGACAUGAGAAUCUUUGAACUGUGUGUCUAUGUUGUUAUUAUCAUUAUUAUUACUUAUUAUAAUUGUUUUUAUUAUUGUUGUUGUUAGUGGUAGCAUGUUUUGUUCUGUGCCUCCUUCUCCUUCUUUUCUCUCUCUUUCUCGAUCCUCCUCCCUCUUUGUCCCUCUCCUCCUUUUUUAUCUCUUUUUUUCUUGUUCUUGUUAGUCUUGUUUCUCUUCUAGUUCUUCUCAUUCUUAUCCUCCUCUUAUUCAUUUGUUCCUCUAUUUGUUCUUUUUCUUGAAUUUUUUUUUGAGGAGGGAAAAAGUCAUCUUCAGCAUUUCUCAUAGUCCUCAGUGCUCAGUAUUUGAUCAGGCAGUUCUCUAGUAAGGCUUAAUUCCUUCUUAUUAUAUGCUACUGUUUCUGUGGCUGCCUUCAUAUAGAUAUUCAUACCGUGUGUUGUUUUAGUAAUGUGUUCGGUGGUCUGGCACACGUCUUAUCUUUGGGAAGCUCGGCAAGUCUCAAUUAACGUCUUAUUAUCAUUAUCGUUGAGUUCGUCACCCAUUCUAUUCGUGGUCAUUAUGUCUUUCUUUCCCUCGUCAUUGUUGCUCACGGACACGCACUCUUCGUUCAAUAAUAAUAAUUUUGCUGUGAUAUUUAUUUUUAAUAAUAGAUGUAUCAAUAAAA